AUGAGAAGUUAUAGCACUAUAUCAUCUGGAACUAAAAGAAAAUUUGAAAGUACAAAUUUUAUAAAAAAACAGAAAUUAUUAAAUAAUAAUAUAAAAAUUAAUAAUAUUAUAGAAAUAAGAAAUUGUAAUAAUAAGGACAAAAGGAGAUCAUUCAGUCUAUCAAACAAUUUUACUAACAAAAAUGAUUUUUCUGCAUGUGAGGAUUAUCAGAAGUUAAAUAAAAGCACAAUAGAUGAAAAUUUAAGAAAGUAUAAAAGUAACUUAAGAGAAAAUAUAUAUUUUUCUAAUAAUAAAAAAAAAAAUAAUAAUAAAAUUAGUGAAUAUUUAACUAAAAAUUCUUUGAAUUCAAAAAUUUUUAAAAAAUUUUUAUUUAAAAAAUCAUUAUUAUAUAAAACAAGAUGUCUUAAUCAUAAUUCUACGUGGCUAUUAGAAUUAUCAAAAAGUAAAAAGGGAAAUAGAUUUAGUGAAUUAAUUUAUAACGCAAAUCUUAUUGAACCUUUUCCUUUUUAUAAAAGUGCGAUUAAUUUGUUUUAUGAAAAAAAAUAUAAAGACGCAUAUAUAUUAUUAAGUAGUACAUCUACAUAUAGUUCUUGUUCCUUUAAUGAACAUAAUAUAUUGAAUGAUAAUUUUUUUGAAAAGAAAAGUUAUAAUUUGCAAUUUAUGUUAAACUUAUUACACUCUAAUAAUAAAAACAAUUUAUAUGAAAAAAAUAAUAUGAAAAAAGAUACAGAAACAAAUAUUUUAAUGAAAAAUGAAAAUGAUUUUACUUAUAAAGUAUCAGAUAAUAAUGAUAAGUUUUUAUUUAAUACUUUAUUAGAAGAAAAGAAUCAAAAAAUAAUAAAUAACGAUAUCGUUAGAAAGAAUAGCACUUAUAAAUGUUUUAAGAAUAAAAUAUGCAAUAAUAAUGGAAAUAAAAAAGAAAAAAAAAAGAACAAAUAUAUCAAGGAAUUUAAUUAUGCAAAUAACAAGGAUAAAGAAUUGAUAAAAAAAGAUAGUAGCAAUAUGAAUUGUUACUGUAACAUGUACUUGAAAAAAAAAAAUUAUAAUAAAAAAGGGUUAAUUUUUAAUACAAUAAAAGAGAAAAAUAGAAAUCAUAGCAAAAAUAAUAUCAAUUAUAAUUUUGAAGAAUUCAAUGAAAAAUACGAAGUAGAGAAUUAUUUAGAAAAAUAUGAUGAUGGAUAUUCUGAAAAAAAAAAUAAAAAUAUUUCCAUCAGCGAUAAUGAUUGUAUGUUGAAACUAAGAGGAGAACAUAAUAAAAAAGUUGAUAAUUGUAAUAAUAACAUGGAUAACAGAAAAAAAAGGAUGAACAUUGUUCAUAAUGAAAAAAAUAUUUAUAAAAAAGAAAUAAGAGUCAAUAUAAAAGAAAGUAUUAAGUUAUUUAUUUUCAUAAAAAUAUUAUGUUUAUAUUUAUAUAGCAACUCAUUAUAUGAAGAGAAUAUAAAAAAAGACAGAACUUAUCAGUUCAGUAGUACAAAAAGUCAUGAUAAAAAAAACUUAAAUUACACUAAUGAGCACUUUAAUAUAAAAAAUUUCGAAAGAAAAGAAAUAUUAAUUUAUAUUGUUAAAUAUUUAAAUAAGAUAAAAAAAAAAAUAAUAUUUGAUACAUAUUUAUAUUUAUUAUUAAGUGUAGUUUAUUAUGACUUAAAAAAAUUCAAUAAAAGUUUAAUAUAUGUUAAAAAAAGUAUAAAAAAGGAUUACUUUAAUUUUGCUUCGUGGAUAUUUUUCAAUAAUUUAGCUUCCAUAGAGAUUUCUAUGUGUGAUAAUUCAAAUAUAACAGCAGAACACAGUAAUAAAAAUAAAAUUAAAUUUAUAGAAAAUUAUAAAAAUAAGAGAAUGAAGAAAAAAAAAUUGUUAUUAAAAAAAAAUACAUUUGUAAGGAAUUCUAAGAAGCUAAAAAAGUUAUAUCUUCAUUUAUUUGAAAAUGAUUAUUUUUUUAAUAUAAAAAAAAAUUAUGUAGAUAUAAUGAAAAAUUACAAUGCUUACAUUUACAUUAAUCCUAUCAAAAAUUUAAAGGAAUCUUUUUUUUUUAAAAAUAAUUAUUUCGUAAGUAAAAUUUUUAAUAAGAAUAUAAUAAAAAGAAAGAAAAAUAGAACAAAUCAUAAUUUUUUUAAUAAAUAUAGAAAAUACAGAAAAAAAUAUAAUUUUAAGAAUAAUUUGAUGACUUUAUUUGGUUAUGCACACUUUUGCUCUCUGAAUAAUGUCCUCUAUAAAGAUGCUAUUAAUGUAUACGAAUAUUUAAACAGAAUAUUACAAAAUAAUUUAUAUGUAUCAAGUCAAUUAGCUAAGUUGUAUUAUUUCUGUGGUAAUUAUAACAGGAGCAUCAAAUAUUUUAAUCAAAUAAAAAAAAUUAAUAGAAAAAAUCAAAUUUUAAAAAAAGAAAUGUUUCAUAAUUAUUGUAUUUUUUAUUACUUGAAAAAUAUAAAUAAAGAAGUGCAUACAAAAAAAAAAAAGGAUCAAGACAUCUCUGAAAACUUUAAGAAAUGUAAUGUUAACCAUAUAAUGGUUAUAAACGCAAAAGAUUAUAAAUAUAUUAAAAAUAUAAUUUUACCACAAUAUUUUUCAAAAAAAUUUAUUUAUACAGAAAUUUUGGUAAACAUAUUUUUUUUUCAAAAAAAAAUUCCUGAUUUACGUAUUCUUAUUUAUAAAUUCCAAAAAAAAAAGAAAAAUUAUGAUGAAAGAUUUUUUUAUAUGUUAGGGAAAUAUUUUUCAUUAAGUGGUAGUCAUAAUAAAUCAAUUUAUUAUUUUAAAAAAUCAAUUAAAAUAGAUAAGUUUCAUUUAUAUUCAUAUAUGAACUUAGCACAAGAGUAUUUAUUAUUUAAUAGCAUUAAUAGUUGCAUUUAUAUAUUAAUAAAAGUAAUUAUUUUAUAUUUUAAUAAUUCUAAUGCAUGGUUUAGCAUAGCUAAGUGCUUACAAUAUAUAAAAAAUUAUUCUUUUUCUAUCUUUUCUUAUCAAAAUGCUAUUUAUUUUCAACAAAAUAUUGUCUCAUAUUAUUUUUUAGCUAAUAUAUAUUUAAAAAAAGGAGAAGUAAAAAAUUAUAUAAAAACAUUAAAAAAAGGAUGGAAGUUUAAAAGAAGCAUAAUAUUUUCUUCUAAAUUAUUUCUUGUAUAUUUAAAAAUAUUAAAAGAGAAAAAAGAAUUUUCGAUUAAUUUUUCUGAAAAAAAAAAUAUAUUUUAUUUAAGAAAUUACAUGAAACAAAAAUAUUACAAGAAAGAUAACAAUUGUUUUAUUUGGUGUGUUAAAUAUUUAAGAAGUUAUUUCAAAAAAAUAUAUAAUAAAAAUAAAAUUUAUUGUUCUAAAGUUAAUUUAAAGAAUUUAAAAGCUUGUAAUAAUUUUAAUAACUAUAUAAUAAAUGGUUUUAUAUUAUUUGGUUGUGCUAAUAAAAAAGAACUAACACAUUUAAAUAAACCUUUUUUUGAAUCCUUAAAUUCACUUUAUGAUAAAAACACAAAUUAUUUAUAUUUUAUUUAUCUAUUAAGAAAUUCAAACAAUAUUUUAUUUAAAGCAAUUUUUUAUUUAGCUAAUUAUUUUUUUUUUAAUGAAUAUUUUUAUAAUUCUUUAAAGUUAUUUAAAAUUUUGUGGGAUGCUGGGGGAAUUUAUUCAGAGGAGUCGUUUAAAUUAUUUCGGUUCACAAAAAAUAUAUUACAAGAAAAAUAUUAA